AUGUCGAGCGCGAAUUCUGUGGUGACCGUAUUCCAGAACCUAUUCUCCAAUCAUGGAUCAACAUUACUAAAUAUAAUCCUAGUCGUCUCUACAAUCGGUGGCCAGUCGAUAAUUCGCAAAUUGACAUUCUCAUGUCCAUGUGCGUAUCCGCUCAAUGUUUACCACUCACUGGUAUUUAUCGUCGGUCCGUCGACUGCUCUGUUUAUUAUCGGAAUAGUUUUGAACACAACAACAUGGAGAAUUGUACACGGCACAUGCUUCAGAGUACCGGAAACUCGUCCUACAUGGUCGACAUUGUGUGCAUCAUGGGUGGAAAUAGUAGCACAAGCGCUUCUUGCACCAGCCGCUUGGUUAUUUGUGGUGUUCCUGGAUGGAGGCUAUUAUCGUUGCCUAAUGUCUCAUAAUUACUGUGCACUGAAUACCGCUCAUCUGUGCAUGAACACCACUUUGCUCGACUACUAUAGAAGCAGUGGAGAUUUUUACGAAAUGUCAGGCAAUGGAAAGUACUGUCCGCCGUGCAUAUGCAAUUUGGAAGGCUGGGAUGCUGCAAAUCUGGAAGCUCAAUCGCAAAUAUACGCCUGGAUUAUUGUUGUGUUGUUCGGUGUCGGCACAUUUCUCGUGAUCUGCGUUGUUCGAAUGUGUGAUAAGUACACCUACGUACAACAUCAAUACGUGGAGACGUAUAAAAGUGAAGAAACAAAUAAAUUCGAUAGCGUAGCCAAGGAACAUGCCUCACAACUUGCCGAACGCAAUGCACGUGCAUUCUUCAAUCAAAAGGAUUGGACAAAACGAGACUGGGAUUGGGUUUCAGGUGUGGCAGAAAUUAAUAAUCCUAUGUUUGCAAGACUUCGGCUAAUAGCUGCAGAAAAGACGAAGACGACCAUGUACACGCCUCUUCAGCUCUGGAACGAUCACAAGGGCUAUCGCAUUCUACAACCGGAGGUGCUGGCCGUUGACGAGACACAAGCGGCUGGUGUCAUUGUCCCGGACGAUAUAGCUGUUGGCAACAAGUUCGAUGGUCAUAAUACUGGUUGA